CGUACAUUGUGUGCGCCGGAAGCUGUGCUAUUCUCCCUGCAGCAUGGCGGCCGAGCAGGCUGGGGACGUGCAGGCUGUUCCUGAGGAUGUUCGGUCCUCGGACCGGGGCGGCUACCGAUGCAUCCUGUGCGGAGUCAGCAUCCCGAACCGUGAGUAAGCCCGUGACGUCACCGGCAGGGGUCCUCAAACUCCGGCCCUCCAGAUGUUGCUGAACUACAACUCCCAUGAUUCUAUGAAUUCCAUAGAUAGCCAGAGAAUCAUGGGAGUUGUAGUUCAGCAACAUCUGGGGGGCAGGAGUUUGAGGACCCCUGGCCUGGGGGGUGGAUUCGUUAAGUGAUUAAGUCCCUCAGUACCAGGAGGAGGAGGUUACGUUCCUGCACUGACACUGUGUUUACUGUUAUCGUGUGAUAAAGGCAGUACAGGCAAUGGGCAGUCCUGCUAAUACAUUACUGUGUAAAAAUCACAGCCUCACAGUCUGAAUAAAAACCCAAAUCCCUAGCCUUAUCCAUGGUAUAAUGGGCAAAUCCAUCACGUCUUAAAAAAUAAAAAUGGCUUAAUUUUCAAUCAAAUAGUAACAUACUCUAGACGUUAUCAUCUCCUGCUCUGCAAAUUGAACUUUAAUCACAUACAGUAGGCUCCUGCAGGCUAUUGACAGAGUAGAGAUAAGACAUUCUAAAUUAAACAGACUGUGCAAUAAAGGAAGUGUUUAGGAAGGCUGUGCAUUUUACAUGCAGGGGAGUGUGACCAGGGCUGGAUAAAGAAAGUGAUUUAACUCCUAAAUGGCAGAAAAUUGAGCACUGCUCGGUCAUGAUCUAUACAAUAAAACUGAUUCAUUAAGAUAAAGUUUGGUGACUAUAGUGUCUCUUUAAAUAUUGUAGUAGUUCGUCACCUUGCAUAGAAUGAAAUUAUUAUUCUACAUUGUAGAAGCGUGUUAGCAAAUGGCAAUGUACAUUUGUGCUACACAGUGGCUUGAGAGAACAAAUGUAAUCCAUAUAGAUGUAUUUGCAAGUUUACUAGCACAUUAUCUAUACCUUUUUUGUGCUUUAAAGCGACGUACAUUUACAAUUUACAAGCGGCACAUUACAUUUGAGUAUUUUAUGAAAUACUUAUAUCUACUAUAUUGGAAUUUUAUAGAAAUGACAGCAUAUUCAAACUAUAUCGUAAGACAAAGUAAGGACUAUGUUAUCUUGAGUUUAAAGCAAAGUUCACAAAAUUUGAUAAAAAGGCAGAGCUUGUGCUUUCAAGUUAUAUCACUUCACAUAACAGUUGCUAGAGACGCUGUAGGAACCAACUUCUUCUCACACGUUGCAAGAGUUGAUCUGUGGAGGCUCUCGUGAUCCUUCAAAGACCUCUGUCUUGUGUUUUAGUGCAUUCAUGAGCGUGAGAUAUUGACAUGGCUCCUGGUAAAUGAAGUGCCAGGAGCUGAAUAUGUUCACCACAUUGACGAUGGCAGAAUCUAAGAGAGCAUCAAAUAAAGUGACAAUCCGGCAUGUCACCAUUUAGGGGUCUUUGCAACGUAUGUGUCAGUGCUGCUUUUAAGUAGUUAGUACAGUGAGUGAUGACUGUAAAUGCUCAUUUUCUAUUACUCUGUGUGGUCUGCAUGCAUUCUAGUGGAUACCAGUGAUAUUUAUCCAGGCUUGAAGGGAUACUCCAGGAACCCAGACCACUUCUGUCCAUUGGAGUGGUCUGGGUGCCAAGUCCCAUCACCCUUAACCCUGCAAGUGUAAUUAUUGCAGUUUUUAUAAACUGCAAUAAUUACCUUGCAGGGUUAAGUCCUCCUCUAGUGGCUGUCUAUCAAACAGCCACUAGAGGGACUUCCGGGGUUCUUAAAACACUAAAAAAAAUUAAACAACGCAGGACAUCCUCAGGCAAUGCAUCGCCGGAAUCUCCAUGGGAAAGCAUUGAAUAAUGGUUUCCUAUGGGGAGGUCUAUAGCGCAUGGCCAUUGCCGCGCAUGCACAUUAGGUCUCCCCGGUGGGGGAGGAACGUGGGCGGAGCCUGACCCAGCGCCAAGGGACGUCAAAUAUGAAGAAUAUAGACCAUAAGGAUAUAAGAAUGCUUAAAAAAUAAUUAAUGGUAAAUUGCCAUAAUGUUCAAAGGGAGGUAUAUUCCCUCAUUCUAGCAUAUGUGUUAAGAAAAUAAACUGUAAAUAGAGACAAAAGUGCUUAUUGCUCUUGUAACGGAGCUCCCUGUACCCCUGGCUAGGUACCUCCGCCAAGUUCUGCUUCUGCCCACAAUAGCCGUGGCUUGACUGGGCUCCUGGAACCGCUACCUCCUGGAGCAGAAUAGGUAAUUUGCUCUAGACACCUCCUGGCACUGGAUGACACUCAGUCCUGGGAGCUCUAGUCCUUACAAGGACUUUCCCCGUAGAAUCCUCCAUAUUGGAACAGUGAUUAAAGAAUAGCUCUUUCCCUUCCCAGUAACCAGAUGACACAGUUCUGAGAGUACAUGCUGGAAUAGAUUUAUUGGCAGCCACAACUGGCCUUAUAUGCAGGUUCCCAUGCAAGGGGCACCCCCCUUGGACCUGAGAGUAGACUACAGUAAAGACAUACACACAAUUACAUUGGCUCUCAGGUCCAGGACACUCCCAUACAAAACAGGAUAAUACCUCCCCUGUGCAUGGGAGAUAAUUGAGUCAAGCACUGUAUUAAACUCCAUUAUCUCCAAGCACAAAAAAACACACAUUUCCCAAACACCCCAAAAGUACCUUAAAAAUACAUUAAAACCCCACAAAAGUUACAUCCCCUGAUAGCCCCAAUCUGGGUGACCAAAACAUCGAAAAAUUACCCAGAUCAGUUCAGGAAUUUCCUGGAAGUGAUAAUUUGACCGACCGCACGCAUGGUCCCAUGCCCAAAACAGUUCCAUAGAAUCGCGGCUAAGUGCCACUGGGAACCGACCGGGAACCACAAAGUCUUCAUGCUGAAAAUAGUUUCAGGGCAUUCGCGGCUAAGUCCCCCUGAAGUCUAUUCGUGUCCAUGCGAACUGCCGACAGGGAGCUAGCGUUCGGUUCUAUGCGCACAAAUGGAAAGUGCCGAACCAAGGGGGCUAAAAUAUGGGUCUUUAAAAGUCACUGACCUGCCCCAUAGUAGGUGGGCAGAAGACCAGCUUCCACACUCCUCCAGGAGGCAAAUAUCUGUGGAAAGUGGCAUUUGUCACAUAUCUUCCCUCCUCUGGGGAGACUAACCAGACCCUAGACAUCCAAUUGGUCUGGGACUGUGUUAGUCUGGUGUCCCUUCCCAAAAGGGUCAGCUGUAAAGAGGGCCUCCUGCCACAAGCUUACGUUUGUAAAUCCAGAGUCUUGCUAGGGAGGAAAACUGCUGCACUGCACUCAGUGUAGAUCAAGUUGUAGCUGCCAAUAAAAUUAUUCCAGCUUGUACUCACAGAACUUUUGUGUCAUCUGGUUACUGGGAGGGGAAAGGGGAUUUAAUUACUGUUCCAGUGUGGAGAAUUCAACGGGGAAAGUCCUUGUAAAGACUAGAGCUCCCAGGACUGAGUGUCGUCCAGUGCCUGGGGGUUGCUAGAGCGAGUUCUCCAUUCGGCUCCUGGAGAGAGUGGUUCCAGGGACCCAGUCAAGCCACGGCGACUGUGGGCAGAAGUGCUGUGGUUUGCCCCCCAUUCCAGCUAGGAAGCGGUCCUUGGCGAAGGUAAGGACCGCUCCCAGAGUGCCAGUACUUUUUUGAGAUUUGUGUGUGUGUGUAUAUAUAUAUGUGUGUGUGUAUAUAUAUAUAUAUAUAUAAUUUGUUUUGUUUUCUGGUCACUACUCAUCUUUAACUUCAUAAUCCACAGGUCCCAGCCUCACUGACCACCUGCGUGGACGGAGGCAUGUUCGUCUUUGUGAGGAAAGAGACAAACGGCAACAACAGCAAGAGCGCAGUGUGUAUGUUAGAGGCUUUCCACGUGACACCACAGAGGAACAGCUGAUGGAUGUGUUUCAAGCCUUGUCUCCAGUCAAGAGCAUUGUUAUGGAUAAAGAUAGCGUAAGGAUCGUUAGCUAAAAUGUUAAAACCUAACGCACACCAAGUUUAAAGGAACAUUCCUAGCACCUUCACGAUUUAUUCAGUUAGUUAUAUCUCCUCUACUGUCUAUGCUAAUGUUUGUACGGCAUGCACAUACUAUUCGAAUUUCUAAAUAAUUGUUUGUAUAAAGGGUUAUUUUCAAUCUACAGUGUCCCCUAAAAUCUGUUAAACCCUUCAUACAACAUCCAUAAUUUUUGUCAUUGAGUACUUUACAAACAUACUCCCUGCUCCUAAAUGCUCUGUCAGGAGCUAGCAAAACUAGCUUUUAUCAUAUCCAUAGACUCCACAGAUCUGUAAGGAUUGGAAAAAUGUUGUCAGAAAAUACAUUCUAUAAAAGGCAUUAUAGGUAUCGGUAAUAUUCCCCUAUAUGUUGUAAUUACCAUCUGGUGUCUUCUUGAAAUAUCCUAGUGGAGCACAAUAUCACAUUUAGCUUGGUAAGCUAAUGGAAAAUAUGUACUGCAGGGGGCAUUUAAAUCAUUAUCCCUUUUUCUUUUUUGUUCCAACAAUAUUUGUUCAUUAGUGUCACUAAAUACUUAAGUACUUGUUACAAAAUGUAUUAGAAAUAUGUCAUAGGAAGAAGCAUAAAUAUAUCAUUAGGACCUUUAUUGAUUCUGCCUUUCUAUCUACCAACAUGUUUGAUGCAUGUAAAUGACUAUUCAAUUCUCCCACCGUAACUCUUUGGAAUUGACCUGUGAAGUGUCUUUCUCUAUUAUAUUAUAGGUUCCCCGUAUUUGUUUGACAUUUUACAAGGCUAUUUAAAAUCACCUAUACCAGCAAACUGUAUUUUUGUGUGCCCUGUUCCUUAAGGUGUAUUUGAUAUAAAUGUUGGUCUGUCACCAGCACCACUGCUGAGAAUUGCAUGUUACGUGUGUACCCCCAAUUCCCUUUUUGUUUUUUUGCAUUAUAAGAACUUCCCUUCUGUUCUGCAGGGUUUUUAUGCUAUUGUGGAGUUUGUGAACAAAGAUGGAGUGAGCUUGUCCCUGGCUGCACCUAAUCUAAGACUGGGUGAGAAACCGCUUAAAGUAAAACCUCGUGAGAAAAAAGAAUUCCAAAGGAAAAAAGGUGCAGGGCCUCGAAAGCUGCAGCCGCCAGACCCAGAAGCAUUAAGCAAGGAGCUUGUACAGUGCACUGAUGUAAGGAUGGGUGAAACUUGUGGAAUUUGUGGAAGGUUGUACUGUGUGAAUAUCAGUCAGAGAGACACUUUAUAUUCUGAAUUGGGAAACAGACUGACACAAUGACACUAGAGGGUAAAAUACAUUGAGUUGAAGUAUGAGAACAUUUUCACGUUUAGAUUGUUUGAAUAGAUCAGGUGAGGGUGAAAUGGAGAUAAUAAUCUGAAAGAUCUAUGUAUGUGAUUAUUUAUAUUACAGGUAGAGGAUCAAAUGAAGAAAUUAGUUUCUCUGUGUUCUCCUUCUCAUCAAGAGAGUCAUCUCCGUGAGCUUCUACUUUCCCUUCUGCAGGAAACCUUCACAGAAUUCUUUCCAGGUACUUGUAGUUUAUUGUCACUGCGUGACUGCAUUUCCUUGCCUUGCGUUUUACUUUACCUGUGUAUUCAUUACUGAUAGGGUGCCAACUUCUGGCAUUUGGCUCCUCUGUGAAUGGCUUUGAAAUCUCUGGCUGUGAUUUGGAUUUAUACUUGGAGCUUGGAGAGAAUGAUUGUGAAGAGAAAGUGAAGAGAAGAGAAGACCCAGACAGAGAUAUAGGAGAGAAGAUUGAGGGAGAUGCAGAAGUACAAGAAAUCAAAACGCAAAUUAACUUAUUAGACGAAAGUGACGAAUGGGAAAAGGAAGAUGAAUCAAAAGAAGAAGAAAUGAAAUCUGCAGAAGAGAGUGAGGAGGAUGAGGAUGAGGAAGAGGUGAGUGUCCACUUGGGCUUGUGUAGAUCCUGUGACAUAAAUAAGUCAUUUUCCCCAUUAAUAUGUUAUGUACCUACCUGCAUAGUUUUGGGCCAGUUUUAAAAUGUGUUAUUUUUCCUACUUGAACGCCUAUUUCUUUUUCUAUGGAAUAACUCUAGUAAAGGAUGUGAUCCCAAUAUUAGGCUCUUUCAUCCCUUUUUUAUACUGCCACUUUGUGUGUCAAACCAAUGCAAGCAAUACUGGGUUUGUGUGGAGUUGGAAUACAUGUGCUCAUAUUGUUGACUCAGUCUGCAACUGCCAUUUACCACUUCUUUACUUCACCUCGUCUCAAGCAAGGUGCCAUUCAACUGCAAUUCCUUAUCUCUCCACCAAACUGGUAUUUUAAUUUUGUAAUUUUUUUUUUUUUAAUGGUGCCUGGUGUAGUAAUAACAAAGCCGUGUCACUAGGACCACCUUUCGUAGUAAUCUGUGAACUGUUAGAACAGCUAAUGGUGCCUCUCACUGCACAUAUUGCUGUCACUGCUCCAUCACAAUAUGAGGAUACACCUGCCUUCGCUAUACCACAAUGCACAUAAUGAUGGAACCAGGUACACCCUGUUGGUUCAAGUGCUCCUAUUUGUCAAAUGAGAGAGCGUGUGUCUUUGUGUUUGUCUUUAUGUGAAUGUGUCAUUGACUGCUUGUUUAUAUGGGUGGGAGUGGCUACUUAUGUGCACAUGUUUAUGUAUAUGAGAGCAGCUAGUUAUGUGUGAAGGGUUUGUUUGCGUGUGUGACUGAUUAAAUAUGUGUGUGUAAAUGUAAGUGGCUAAAUUUAUAUGCAUAUUGUUUUUAACCAUUUGAGUGCUAGACAUUUGCUCACUUCCGGCACUAAAAUGGUUGACUUUUUUUGUUUGGUUUAAUUUUUUUUAGCAUUGCUCCUAAAUUUUACAAACCCUGCUUUACAGUGACAGUGUGAUAUUUAAAUAAUAGGAUUUAAGGUAGUUUAUAUCAGCCAAGCUCUUUAAAUUAUAGAUGAAAGCUAUGUGAAUACAUCUGCAUAUCUUAUCCAUCAUUGAUUCUGUUAGUGUCACAAUAUCAUUGCCCUUUUUAGGAUGUCACUCCCGGCCUUUCUUUGCAAGGACUAUCCUCUGAGGAGGUUCUGGAGCUUGUGGAAAAGGUUCUUCGCCGCUGUGUUCCUGGAGUGCAUGGAGUCCAGAGUGUGCCCUCUGCACGGCGCCCAGUAAUACGCUUUCAGCACAAAACCUCUGGGUUGAGAGGAGAUAUUACACUGAAUAAUAGGUGACUCCCCCCUCCUAUUUACAACACACAUUUAUAUGUGCAUUUAACAAAAUGUGCAGCUUUCUCUUCCUUGUUUUUAACUCCAUAGUCUGAGUGGAUGUUUGGCUUCUUUUUUACUGUUUUUUGUUCUCCCCUGUCGCCCCUGUCGCCCCCACGCCUCCCCUUGUUGCCCCCGUCGCGCUCCCCCCUGUCAAGCCUCCCCCUGCUCUCCCCUGUCGCUUCCCUCUCUCGCCUCCCCUGUCGCCCUCUCUCGCCUUCCCCUCUCAGCUUCCCCUCUCUCAAGCCCCCUUCCUCGCCUCCCUUCUCAAGCCUCUCGCUUCCCCUCUCUCGCCUCCCUCCCUCUCGCCCCUCUCUCGCCCCCUCUCUCGCCUCCCCUCUCAAGCCUCCCUCCCCUCUCUCAGCCCCCUCUCCUCAAGCCUCCCCUUCGCCCCCCUCUCGCUCCCCCUCUCGCUCCCCCUCUCGCUCCCCCUCUCUCUCCCCCUCUCUCUUCUCCUCUCGCUCCCCUUUCUUUUAUCAAGCUCAUGCAGCUUUUUUGUUAUUUUCCAUCAUAUGUCUUCUUUAUAAUUCUUGUCUGUUUGGUUUUUUUUUUAAUGGUAACACUCCUGUUAUCCCCUCUCUCUGACCUUCAUAUGUCUCGCAAGGCUUUUUUGUUUGUUUUUGGACUCUCAUUGUUGCCUCACUCACUUGAUCUUUCUUCCAAACCAGGCUUGCUCUUCGCAACUCCUCCUUCUUACGUCUCUGUUCUGACCUUGACCCUCGAGUCCCGCAACUGGUAUAUACUGUGCGAUAUUGGGCAAGAGUGCACCAGCUUGCAGGUGAGAACACUAAAUGAGUGAGAAAAUAGUGUGCAGAGGUGUAAAGUAUAAGAUGAAGCAGUGAUGUAAUUACCUCGGUUGCAACUGGGACCAUCACUCCAGGGGACCCAGCAUUGCUGUUAAUCCCUGCGACCGUGGGCCUGCAUAACUUCAGAGAAGGGCACGUGAUCACAGAGUGACCAGCAGAAGGGGAGCACUCUCUUGUCGGUCACUUCUUGUAGCGUGGCCAAGCGGACAGAGUUCUGACAGGAAGUGCAGCAGAAGGGAGAAUGAGACACAUGGAGGGGCUGGGUAGGGAUGAGACACAUGGGGUGUGGCCCAGGGCACUUUUUGCACCAGGACCCAGUGGUUUCUAGUUGCCUGUCUCAGUAGGAGCAUAUUUUAAAAUGGAUUUGUCAAAAUGCUGUGUUUUAAAAUAUUGAGCAUUAUUACAGCUGCAUUACAAUUAAUACUGCAUUUAUUAUUGAGUAGCAUCAUUACUUCAUAGCAGGUACACUGCUAUAAACCUUCUGCCUGCACUUGCUGGUUUGUGAUCAUGUACCCUUGGUUCGGAUACCCACGAAAGGUUAAGGAGUUAUUCCACUGCGUUAGGGGAUACAUGUGAGUUCAUGUUGUGGACAAUAAGUCCUGUUAUGUGAAGAUGAAACAAUGGGAACGUUGGGGGUUAAUGAUAUUUAUGAAGUGGGAGAUGUCUGUGGUAGCUUGAGGAAACUGAAAAUAUUAGUGCCAGGGGUGAUCAGGUUGCCAACAUGUUGAAUAUAUAGCAUAUUGAAGGUUAGAAUUAAAACUGGGCAAAAGAAAGAUUAGUCACAGUAUGGGACCCAUAAUAUGAAAUAACUGCUUGUUUAUUCCUGUACCUGGACAACUCAGGGGAAAGUGUUUUUGGUUCAGUAUAUGAUGUCACUCACACCCCACAGGUAACCCGUUAGGAGGUGGACCCCUGCUGAAUAACUAUGCACUGACGCUGCUUGUUAUUUUCUUCCUGCAAACAAGGAGCCCACCAGUUAUUCCCACUUUGAACAAGCUUAGAGAGGAAGCGGGUGAGUGAAUUGCUAUGCCAAAGGUUACUGUGAUGUCAGAACGAUAAUUUAAAGCAUCAUAUCAGGGCAGUCUUACCAUUCUUACCACUUCCUUAUCUAUUAUAGAAACAUAUUUUUUUUUUAAACUAACUGUUAUUCUAGUGAUUUAAUCUUGAAUCAGGAAAUUUGAUCUCUCAACCAGUCCUGCUCUUACCAUAUGCUUCUAUGCUGAGAGUCACUGUAAAGUACAGAUGCUUGCAACAUUGUGCAAUAAAGUUGCUCACUGUAUCUCAUACAUUAAAGAAAUAAUGAGAACUACUCCUGAAAUAACUAAAACCCCGAGGCAGCCUCCAUUUAUGUGCAUGGUAUAUAUAUAUAUAUAUAUAUAUAUAUAUAUAUAUAUAUAUAUAUAUAUAUAUAUAUAUAUAUAUAUAUAUAUAUAUAUAUAUAUAUUUUAUAAUGUUGAUGUUUGUUUCUUGGUAAAGAGCUGUUGCAGUGGUUGAAAUUUGUAUAACUGCCAAAGAUGUACUUCUGAGCACUGGGCAGACAGGUUUUUUUUGGGGGGGAGAGGGAGGGAGUGUUGAUUUGAUUAAGCCCUGUUGUGUACAAGCAGCAGGGCUAUAGGGAGACAGGUCCCAUGUUGUCUGCACCUCAUUAAUUGCUACCUCACGGUCUGGCACUCUCUCGUAAGUCAGAGUACAGCCACACUCUGAUUCACCGAAUGCCAACAGAGCAAUUGCCAGAGGCGCAGAUCUCACGCUCCCAUACUAGACCACCCAGGGAUCCUGGGAAAUCCACCAGAAAAACAAAGGGUGGCACAAGACCGAGCACCACACACUACAUAUAGCCAGCACACACCACACACAUGCUACAUUUUGCAUGUUUUGAAAGUAGCAACUAUGAGAAACAUUUGUUGCUAAACUCCACCAUUAGUUUGGCUGAAUGACAGGACAACGGUUGUAAACUAGAAUAUAGGAAAGAAAAAAAAAAAUUAAAAAAAAAUAUAUAUAUAUAAUUUUUUUUAAUUUUAUUUUUCCUUUAGGGUCUAUCAAUUAUAUAUAAUCUGCACGAUAGUACCUCUCUUUAUAGGUAUCACACAGUGAAAAAAAAAAAAAAAGAUAUAUCCCUCUUUUAAAUAAAACAAUAAAAACAAGGUUUAAACGUUAUCAUUUUUUAUAUUUUGAAAAUAUAUCUGUAGGCAAAUGUUCUAACUUCCAUUAAAUACCUAUUACCAAGGGUUAUUCCCUUACAAAGCCUCCAUCAUAGAGCUCACUUUUCUUUCCACAUAUCCUUUUUUACUCAGUGCAACAGAAACCCAGUUUGGCUGCUUAUCCCUCUUAUUGCAAAGUAUUGCAUGAAUCUGAACAUAUUUACCUUGCAGUGCUGUCUAAUAAACCGUUUAUUGCCCUAAUAAACAUGCAUCUACUUUUUUUUAACUUUGACUCUUUGUUUUGUAAUUUAUCCUCUUUGCUUGAAAUAUUGGAACUUUGAAAAAGCUUUCCUUGUCUCCUGAAAUGAAGGCAUUCAGCUUCAGGAUCACACAGUACAAUCAGAGGAUUAAUUUCUCCUUUCGUUGUUCCUUCAUAUGUAGUAAAACCUGCUGGAGUCAUCAGCCUUGGGUGUGGAGAAGCUUUAUAAAGUAUUUAGCCAUCAUUCAUUUUUAGUAUAGUUUUUUUUUUUUCUUUGCUACCUGUACAUAAAUUAGAGCCAAUCAUUGCUUGAGCGCACUAAUAACGUAUAUUUAUGUUAAUUUUAUUUAACUCAUAGUUUGCAAAUCAUAGAAUAUAUAUGAGCAGUAUUUUUUUUUUUUUUUUUACAUGGUGGUGUUUACCAAGUGUCUGUUAAUGCUCUUAUAAGGUCAACAUAGCACAUAAUCCUUUUUAUUAAUCUGCCAUUUAAAGGUGCUUGUUUAAAUGAUGGCUUGUUUUAUAAAAUACUUGCUAUAAAUGAAUGACUAUGCAUAUGAUUUUAACCACCCUCCUUUUUAUUACCUCAAUGUAUGGGCUUAUAAUGGCUCAUGUUUGGAACUUGUUCAUUUAUGCCAUCACGCAUUUGUAAUUGAUAAGAUUUCAAUUUUAAAUGACUGUUCUGCUACAAUUACACCUGUGUAUUUUUUAAUAUUAUUUUUUUUUUUUUUUAUUAGUGAAUGAGGUUCCCCAGGUGAUUAAUGGCUGGGACUGCACCUUCUUAUCUGAUAUCAACCAAAUUCAAACCAGUGGCAACCAGCAGAGUUUGAGUAAGUGCCUACUAAUCUUUAUACUGGUGUUUAUGGUCAGGGGACCAUGGAUUGGAGAACUUAGUAGUGACAGACGUGUAAUAUUACUGUGUGGAGAAGCAUGAUGCUAUAAUGCCCUCUUAUUGUUUUGUCUAUGCGUGCAGCAUCAUAUGCACACCGUUUCAAAGUUCCCUGUUCUGCUCACAUGUCUACAGCCAGAACUUGUAGGUAUGCAUGGUGCUUCUCAAAAAUAAUGGAAAUGUUUUAAAAAGGCUAAAAUGUGUGGGAGGCAUAUGAUUUCCUAAUUAAGUGAAACUCACUACUGACAUUUUUAGCACAACCCAAUAGUUAAGUAAAAGUUUGCCAUGAGUUGUGCUUUUAUUUUCUUAGACUUCCCAUUGGGUGACAAAGUUGCCCUGACAUUGAAGUGUUGCAGAGGUAAUUUGUUUGUUUUUUUUAAAUUGCAUUUUUAUUUUAUUUUUUUAUCUUUGCAGCAUUAUGCCCCCAAGUAAAUUAAAAACAUUUCGGUAUUGCCUGUUCUGUAGAUUGUCUCAUCAUUUUUUCUCAUUAAUUAUACUGUAUGUAUUUCUUACAUUUUCAUUCACUUCUCUCCUUUUCUAGGUUGUCUUUUGUCUGAGUUUUUCUCAUUUUUCUCCUCACUUGACCUGGCCUCAGUUAUUUUAUGCCCUUGUAAUGGCUCUGUCCUACCUCUUCCUCUUUCUUCUCCUCCAUCUUGGCUGGAUGGAUUCCGUUUGGGACGUAUUAACGUACAAGAUCCUUUUGAGCUAAGUCACAAUGUAUGUGGCAAUGUCAGCACACGCACGGCUCGCUGCUUCGCAUCACAGUGUACCUCCACAGCUCAGACCUGCCGCACCUCUCUCUACCGUCUGCGUUCUCGAUGUAGACCCUGGGGAAUCACUUUAAUUUUUCUUCCUGCACUCUCUGAUGAAGAAAAAAAGGCAAAUAGUGUGGCUGAGAUCGUUGUACCACUGGGAGCGAUUUCGUUGGAGGUUGCUUUUUCAGUUACGAAGAAGGUUUUUCAAGAUGUGCUGCUGUGCACGUGUGAGGAAGAAGAGGCCAUUUUUGAAAAGGGACAGUCUACAACAGGUGAGACAAACAAGACACAAAAAGGAAGGGAGAGUGUCUUGGAUGAAGAAAUGGUAAUGGAGGUGGUGCAAGCUGUGCCGUGCAAGGUGGAGUACACUGAAAAACAGGAGCAAGGAAAUUGCAAGAACUGGAUAAAGAGUGAAGCACAGGGAAAAAAACGAGAAAGAACAGAUCUAAGUAAAAAGGACAUUGUGACAAAGAAAAGGAAGACAGAGGAGUCUGGAGAUGACAGUUGUAGAAGCCACUGUGAAAAUGCACAAAAACAUGAGGAUUCAGAUUGUGUGCGCUUGUUGAGGGUGUGCGUGUGGCAUCAAGUAUGGGAAGGCCGACGCAAGGAGAGGAGGCGUCGCCGCGGUGGGGAUGCAAAAGGAAUAGAGCUGGAAACUGAAAUUUCUCGUGCAUUGUGUUCAGUAAAAAUGGAAAGUAUGGGGGAGGAGCCUCUUAUAAUAUUGACUGUAAAUUUUCAAUUGACAGCCCAGGGACAAACACAGUUGUGUCUAACUUCAACUGCUGAUACUCAUGGACUCAGCCCCAUUUUUUUUCACUUUUUACAGGGAUUUUUACCUCGGAUUGUAAGGGAAUCUUUGGCAACUGGAGAAUGAGUGUUUGUGGUUGAUGUUCCACUGUAGCCAUAUUGUUUUUCAGGUCCUUUUUAAGCUUCACUAAUCAAAGCUUGAAUGAGGGCUUUGAUUUGUUAAUGUUCUUUCACUGUACUGUCAAUAUAUCAGUGUGUAUAUAUUUGUAAAUGAAAAUAUACUGGCCAUUUUUUAAUGUACGUGUGUACGGUUUUUUUUUGUUUUGUUUUUUUAUACAUUAUCUUUUUAAUAAAGAAAUACUGAAUUGGUAAGUUCUAGAAAGGCAAUGUCAAGGUUUCAAAAUGCAGUUAAAAUAUG